AUGGUUAAAACUUCACGUAAAACAUCACGAAAAGCAAACUUGAGACAAGUAAUUCGCCCAAACCUUGGCAAAAAAGUUAAUCUUCGAAGAAACAUUCAACAAUCACUCGUCAAACAUAAUUUUAAUACUACUACUACUGAUGACAUUCAAAAUAAUUUUAUCAACUCUUUCUCAUCUCAAAGAUUUGAGCAAAUUGAUGAAAGUUCUAACUUAACUUUACCUUCUUCACCUUCACUACCUUUACCACCUUCUACAUCACCACCUUCUCCAUCACCGCCUUCUCUAUCUCCCCCUUCACAAUCUUUACAACAUGAAAAUGAUAAUCUUGCUGCUGAAGAUAAUCAAGAAAAUUAUUCUUACGAUGAUGAAAAUUAUUAUUGGGAAUCUGAAUCUGAUAAUGAUGAUGAUGGAAAUUAUUCAUGGAAAUCUAGUGUAGAUAGUGAUAGUGAUAAUCAAGAGAAUUAUUCUGAUGGUAGUGAUGAAGAAAUAUCUUUUACAUUCAAAGAUCAAUAUGAUGGAUUUCAAGAUACACCUUCUUAUUCUAGUGAAGCUGGACCUUAUUUCCCAAAUAAAACUGUAAUGUUGAUGUUCAUUUGGUAUACAAAGCAUAUGAUAGGUAACGAUAUUUAA